AUGGACAUUUGGGAUGAUGGCUACGAAGACUUAGAGAGGUUGAGGAGGCCCUUUUCUCUCACGACUCCACCAAAGGAACUGAAAUUAAAAUACUUCAUGUUUUAUGCUCCUGAGAAUCGUAGUCAUGUUUCCCAAGUCAUAAACAGGACGUUUCCAACAAUCAGGGAAGAAGGAGGAAGAGGAAGCACCACUGAUUUAGUGAUUCACUUAUAUAAAGAUCGAGACAUAAGGCUCCUACUCGAGUCGCUGACUGUUGCGCCUCUGAGGGAAAUAAGGAUUCAUGUGCCUCCUGGCACGAAGAUUGACGAUGUUGAAGGACUGAAGACGCUCGCAAGGGAGAGGGGUCUUGGCACAUUAUACCUUUCUGGAGUAGUUGAAGAAGAGAAGAAGAUCGAUUGCUGUUGUAUCUUAUGAAGAUCUUUCGGUAAAGUGCAAAUGGUUUCUUGUAUCCCAGGUCUCUUUUAUCAUACAUUUAUUGUCUUUAUUCUUUGUUCAGAGAGAGAGAGAGAGAGAGAGAGCACAGAUGUCCAUAAGCAGCAAGUCUAUCCUUCAAUGCAUCUCUCUCUCACUCACUCUCCAAGGGUGGCUGCCUGAUUCACUUCUCUACUGCUGAGUCAGGGAGGAGGAGGUGGAAGAAGAAGAAGAUGACUUCCAUAUCACAAGUUACUCAAUAUACCUUUAUAUACUGUUCUGUUUCAACACCUCCCCCUCCCCCUCUCCCUCCCUAGCACAUCCUAGGCCCUCCUCCCUCCCUCCCAGUCCCUCCUGUAGUCUCCCAUUGUUCCCACAUGCCCAAGCCGCCGCCUGAAAGAAGCUCUCUGUCUGUUCCACCUUUCUUUUCUGUGCUUUUGUCUGUUGUGAUGUCUUGCUGUCACUGACAGGAAGGGAGAGGAACUGCAUCUUCCUUCUCUCUCUCUCUCUCUCUCUCUCUCUCUCUCUCUCUCUCUCUGAUGUGUCAAAGUGUUGGUUUCGAGUGACUGGAUAAAUAAUCAGUUGUUCAAUUGUAUUAAU